GAUUUCGGAACAUACCUCUGGUACCACCUGUAACUAUGGCGAGCGUUUCAUAUCAAAUUGCAAAUUUAUUGGAGAAGAUGACAUCCUCAGAUAAAGACUUCCGAUUUAUGGCUACUAAUGAUUUGAUGACUGAAUUACAGAAGGAUAGUAUAAAACUAGAUGAUGACUCUGAAAGAAAAGUAGUGAGAAUGUUGCUCAAACUACUUGAAGACAAGAAUGGUGAAGUCCAAAAUCUUGCAGUUAAAUGCUUGGGACCUCUUGUAAACAAAGUCAAAGAAUAUCAAGUAGAAACCAUUGUUGAAUCUCUUUGUACAAAUAUGGUUUCAGACAAGGAACAGCUAAGAGAUAUUUCUAGCAUUGGUUUGAAAACUGUUAUAGCUGAACUCCCACAAGCUCCAGGAGGAUUAUCUGGAAAUAUUUGCAAAAGAAUUACUGGCCGCCUGACCACAGCAAUAGAGAGGCAGGAGGAUGUGUCUGUUCAGUUAGAAGCUUUAGACAUUAUAACUGAUCUUUUGUUAAGAUUUGGCCCUGUGCUACAAUCAUUUCACAGUUCCAUUCUAUCAGCACUUCUUCCUCAGUUAUGCUCCCAACGUCAAGCAGUGAGGAAGCGUACAAUUGGUGCUUGUAGUAACUUGGUUCUCUCUUGUAAUAAUACUCUUUACACCAAACUCAUUGACCAUUUGUAUGAUGGUUUAUGUUCUGAUAAAAAUAAUUCACAGAUUCGAACCUAUGUUCAGUGCAUUGCAGCUGUUUGCCGACAAUCAGGUCAUAAGUUUGGAGAAAACAUUGAUAAAUUUGUUCCUCUAAUCUUGCAAUGUAGUCAAGUUGAUGAUGAUGAAUUGAGAGAAUUUUGUUUGCAAGCAUUUGAGAGCUUCAUCAAUAGAUGUCCAAAAGAAAUCACAAAAAAUAUAGCAGCGAUUACUGAUCUUUGCUUGAAAUACAUGAUUUUCGAUCCAAAUUAUAAUUAUGAUGAAGAUGAAGGUGGUAAUGGUCAAAAUGACCCAUAUGAUGAUGAGGAGGAAGAUGAGGAAAAUGAUGAGUACAGUGAUGAUGAUGAUAUGAGCUGGAAAGUAAGAAGAUCAGCAGCUAAGUGUCUUGAAGCAAUCAUAUCAACAAGACAUGAGUUACUCCCAGAAUUUUACAAGGUUUUGUCUCCUGCUCUCAUCUCCAGAUUCAAGGAACGUGAAGAAAAUGUUAAGUCAGAUAUUUUUCAUGCAUAUAUUGCUUUACUAAAACAAACUCGUUCAACUGUCAAUACUAGUAUUGACCCUAAUGCUAUGGUUAUGGAUGAUGAAGAGGAAACUCCUAUGUCCCUCCUCCAACAGCAAAUUGAAUUACUAGUUAAAGGAGUUCAAGGUCAAAUGCGUGAAAAGAGCAUGAAAACCAGACAGGACUGCUUCCAAUUACUAAAAGAAGUAUGCAGUGUUUUGCCAGGAGCUUUGAGCACCCAUAUUGGGGACUUGAUUCCAGGAAUUUUGUACUCUCUCAGUGAGAAAAAUGCCAGCAGCAACAUGAAAAUAGAUGCCUUAUCUUUCAUUUUCUGUCUUCUAACCAGCCAUCAACCCCAAGUGUUCCACCACCACAUCAGCAUUCUCUUACCUCCAGUUAUCAAUGCUGUAGGUGAUAAUUUCUAUAAGAUAACAGCAGAGGCUCUCAAUGUGCUUCAGGAGCUGGUUAAAGUUAUCAGACCCUUGAAUGUCAAUUCAGGAUUUGAUUUCACCCCAUUCACCAAAGAUAUUUAUAGCUGUACCCUAGUGAGAUUGAGAACAGCUGAUAUUGAUCAGGAAGUUAAAGAGAAAGCCAUUUCUACAAUGGGACAAGUAAUUUGUAAUUUGGGAGACCAUUUGAAAGUGGAACUGCCUUACUGCUUACCCUUGUUCCUAGAUAGAUUGAAAAAUGAGAUAACUAGACUGACAACUGUUAAAGCUCUCACCAAGAUAGCUGGAUCACCACUUAGUAUUGAGUUGCCUAUUCUACCGGAAGCAAUGCCCAUUCUGGGGCUGUUCCUCAGAAAAAAUCAGCGUGCUCUUAAACUGAGCACCCUCCAAUUGAUAGACUGUUUGAUAAAAAAUUAUCACAAGAACUUGAAUGAGACUCUGCUACAACCUGUGAUUGUUGAGAUACCACCCUUGUUAGAUGAAGCUGAUCUACAUAUUGCUCAGUGGACUCUGAUUAUCCUCAAGUCUGUAGCUACCCAUCAUCCUAAGGCAUUGCAGGAUGUGAACAACACUAUCAUGCCACAGAUCCUUGUGCUAGUCAAAUCACCAUUGCUGCAAGGCACUGCCCUGCAAUCAAUGUUGGAUUUCUUUAAGUCUUUAGUUAAGUGUAAUCUGCCAGGAUUGAAUUAUGAUUCCUUGUUGAGGCUUCUUCUCAUGCCUAUUUCGAAUCUAGCUUCUGGCCAAACGGCAACGCUGCACAAACAGGCUUUCUAUUCAUUGGCGAAGUGCGUUGCCGCCAUAACUGUCACAUGUCAUUCACAUGCUCUUCCAGUCAUACCACAGUUCAUAAAUGAAAUACAGUCGUCGUCUACGGAUUCACAACAAAUUUUCGCCCUGCUUGUCGUUGGGGAAAUAGGAAGAGAGAUUGAUUUGACGCCUAUUACUAAUUUGAAGCAAGUUAUUUUGAACUCGUUUUCGGCUGUAUCGGAAGAGGUAAAGUCUGCAGCAAGCUAUGCACUUGGUAGCAUUUGCAUAGGAAAUUUACAGGAGUACCUGCCGUUUAUUCUGAAUGAAAGCCAGGAUCAGCCUAAAAGACAAUAUCUCUUGCUGCAUUCUCUCAAAGAAGUCAUCACUUGCCUCUCUCAAACACCUGAAGGUAUUCAACAGCUCCUUCCAUUCGUUCCGGCCAUUUGGCAACAACUUUACAGACACUGUGAAUGUACCGAAGAAGGUACCAGAAACGUUUUUGCCGAAUGUCUAGGAAAACUAACGCUAAUCGAUCCAACGAAUUUAUUGCCCAAGCUGAAACGGUCUUUGAAUUCUCCUUCCCCGCUUAUGAGGACUACAGUAGUCACAGCUGUGAAAUUCACUAUUUCUGAUCAGCCAGCGACAAUCGAUCCACUGCUGAGGCAAUGCAUCGGCGAAUUCUUGAACACUUUGCAAGACCCCGAUUUGAAUGUGCGAAGAGUUGCACUGGUCGCUUUCAACUCGGCGGCCCAUAACAAACCGUCUCUAAUCAGGGACUUACUCGACACCACCUUACCCCAACUUUAUGGAGAGACAAUCAUCAAGAGGGAUUUGAUUCGGGAAGUGGAGAUGGGUCCUUUUAAACACACUGUAGACGACGGAUUGGAUAUUAGAAAAGCAGCUUAUGAAUGCAUGUAUACCCUUCUGGAUUCGUGUCUCGACAAAGUUGAUAUAUUUGAGUUUAUCAAUCAUGUGGAAACUGGUUUGAAAGAUCACUAUGAUAUCAAAAUGCUUACUUAUUUGAUGGUAGCAAGGCUGUCUCAAAUCUGUCCAGGUGCAGUUUUCCAAAUGUUGGAUAAACUUAUCCAGCCAUUACGAGAAACUUUGACAAUGAAAGUUAAAGCGAAUUCUGUUAAACAAGAGUAUGAAAAACAGGAUGAACUGAAAAGAUCUGCCAUGAGGGCUGUCGCUGCCCUAUUGAGUAUACCCGAUGCAGAUAAAAAUCCUCAUUUCAACGAGUUUGUUAGUCAAAUAAAAAAUUCUUUAGAUUUAGCACCAAUAUUCGAAUCAGUUCAAAAGGAUUCGUCAAGUUCACAUAGUGAUUGUCUUCUCAUGGAUCAAAGUUAAAAGUAUUUAAUUUAUUGAGGUCAUUGAAUUAAUUCUUUAGGAUUUAAUUAGUACCUACUGUUAAUUUACACUCAUCAUACAUUUUACUCAAUAAACUUAUUUCGUC